AUGAAGCCAAUGACGGACUUCAAACUGUUUGCUCAAGGAAUCGAGGCUGUAGUAGAAGAGUCUAAGAUAGAAGUGAUAGAGAUAGAAACACCACCAGCUGUGGAAGAACUCUCAGAAAAUCCGCCAUCAGAAGGAGGUGAGCCAGUGCCAGAACCUGCACCGGUGGAGGGGGAACCAAAACCAGAAGGAGAGGGUGAGCCAGCCGCAGAACCUGUAGAAGGUGCAGAGUCUGCACCAGCAGAACCAGGUGCAGAGGAACCGGCAGUGGAGGAGCCACAGCCAGAGAAGCCUGCUGAGGCUGAAGAGCCAGGGCCUUAUCAUGAGCCAGAGGAUACUCCUGCGCUUAUUGAAGACAUGCAGCACUGCUUGUCCAUGUUGAGGCAGAGCUCUAAGGACAUACCUUUGGGAGAGGAAGAUAAGGAACUGAAUCCUGGUGGGGUUGAGAUUGAUUCUGCCCCUAAUCCUGCUGAAGGAGAAGUAUCUGCCCCUAUCACUGCUGAAGGGGAGGUAGCUGCCCCUAUUGAAACAUCAACAGGGGUUGUUGAAGCUCCUGUGGAGCAAAAACUCACACUGGUAGAGGGUGAUCUUACAGCAGUUGUGGAGGGAGAGGUUUCCCCUGGGAUUGUGGAAGUGCAGCCUGAAAUGAGUGGAGAUGCUCAAGAAACUGUGGAAGAAAAACCUUCAGACCAAUCAAACUAAUGAACCUUCAGACAAGAUCAAUAAUUAAUGUAUGCAUAAAUGUCAUAUAAUUUUUCACACAAAAAAAUGUUAUAACAGGUUAUAGAAAUACACGAAAGUACUUUUACUUGAGGUAAAUUUAUUGCUUAUUUACUUACAAAGUACUUAUAAUGCUACACACAAUAACAUACUUAUUGUCAAAAAAUAUAACAAAUUGAUAAAUUAAGUAUUUUUUUAUUGGCAAGAAUAUAUUUUAUACUUGUGGAAUGUGUUUUUAUUGUUCACAUACAUGUUUAACUCAAACGUUUUGUAC